AUGCAAGAGCCAGGGGACCCGAGCUGGCCAGUUGAGGCCUUCCAGACCCACGUGAAAAACUUUCUCGUACCAGACAUGAUUCAGACUUUUCCUGGGGGUACUGCUGAACCUUUGGGUGGUGCCGGCGGGCAAACUUUGGGAAACCAAGAGUCUUCAAGCGACACUGCGCUCUCCAAUUCGUACAGCGCUAACAUGGACACUCCGUGCUCGGAUGCCUCGACUACACAGGGAGGGAAACAUUCCCAGGCGGAUACGUCCGGCGACGAAGCCGAACCUAUGCGUGUUGUAGACUGCAGUUCAACUGCGCCACAGAACAGUUGGAAUAUUCAGUCUCCCGUCCUCCCAUCCCCGAUGGCGACCAUCCCUCAAAGUUUCGGUAGCAUGUUUCUCCCCCAGCAAACGGGUGGCGGCGCCAUUUUGGUUCCGAACAUGAUAACUUGUGGAGAUGUACAAGCCUCGCCAAUGGAAUCAAACGCGUCGUCGAUGACACACCAACCGCUACCGACGCCCGCGUGUGGAGUGCCCCCAGAGUCUCUUCAGCGCGCACCCGAACUACCGGCAGCCAUGGUUGAAUGCUCAUAUCCGUUUAACCAGACAACAGGAAACUUCCCUUCCGUGGCCGAAGACACCCUAUGUCCCACCCGCUUCUCUGGAACCGCUGAACAAACGCUCGCCGAAGAAGAAGACGGACCGGGAAGCUGCGUCUAUGUCUGGUCGACCGCCUCUCGUGUCAGCAAUGAAGAAAGUGGCGACGGGUCCUCAGAGGCCGCAGGAAUUCUGCUUUCGCAACCCAGCAAAUUCUCCUCAUGUCUGCGGAUCCUUUCCGUUGCAUGCGGCCAAUCACUUGCUGCGUUUAUCGCAGCGGACAGAAAACUGUAUUGCUGGGACUGGGAUCUAAGCAGCGGAGACCUCCACGCAAGCAGCCCACAACUCGUCGAGGGUGCCGGCAUCGAUAAAAUGGUCAUCAAGCAAGUGUCUUGCGGAGCUAGUCAUCUGGCUUGCGUCACAGAUAGCGGCAGAGUCUUCACCUACGGGUCGAACGAGAGCGGCCAACGAGGCAUGGCACCAGAAAACCCAAAGUCAUCCCGGCUGGCUGACGAAGUCUUUUUCUCCAGUCAAGCGAAACAAGUAUCCUGCGGGCCUCGCUACACCCUGGUGGUCUUGGAUGAUGGACGGGUUUAUGGCAUGGGAGACGGGAGCCACGGCGUCUUGGGGGACGUUGCGAAUAAAAUUGUUAGAGUUCCAACGAAGAUCAACUUCCAAGACCGUCGCGUCUCCUUCGUUGCAGCAGGCAUGAGCCAUGCUCUUGCCAUCACAGACCUCGGGAGUACCUACGCCUGGGGACGCAACGACUGUGGCCAGCUCGGCCUCGGUCACACAGAUGACCGGUGCACACCUCAAGUGGUGUGCGAACUGUCGGGUCACAAAACCGUUAUGGUAGCGGCGCACACCGCCAGCGUGGCUCUGACCAAGGAGAGGAAGCUGUAUGCCUGGGGGACGAAUUCCUUACUGUCCCCGGCACUGAUUUUCUCACAAGCCUUCCAAGAUGUGGACGUAGGAGACGCCCUUUUUUGCCUGGCCGACGACGGCGGCGAGCAGUCUCUUUUGGUAACACCCAUGUGUCAGCUCCGGUCCGGUUCCGCGACGUCCGGUUGCAUGCGGCUCAGCUUGUCAGGAGUCACGCAGCUUUCGGCGGCUCCCGGUGUGCUCGUGGCCGUGGGGCCGCAAUCAGAUGAACAAGAGGCUCAUGACCCUGGCCAAGCGACGGAGAGCAGUGACUGCUCCGCUUGGCAGGCAACGCCUGAAGAGACACAGGAUGGAGGCAGCGAAGCCUUUCUUUCCGCGACAGCGAGGACACUCCAGACGCACACGGGAAUGCCUCUGAAGAGCGCUCUCAGGCGCUACUCCGAGGGAUGUCUCACCAGCGCCUCCCGUUCUUCCUCGGUGGGAAGCGACAGGUCUCGAAAACGAGUUACUUUCGCAGAGACAGUCACGAUGGUUUGUGUGGAGUCACGACCAAACGUCCAAGUUCCAGACGACGCAACUUCCUGCUCAGUGGAGGAGUCCAGGUCUGCACCGAGUGUGCCGAACCCUGUUAAAAAGCGCGAAGGCCCGACCGGAGCCGUGCGGCAGGAUCAAAGCAGUAAGAAAACGGAUGCUCGCCGGCCGCGAGCGAGGUCGGCGAGCCCAGGUGGCCGUCCACGUGCAAAAGGCUCUUCCAUGUGCUCGGCGCUUCCGUCUCGACAGCAAGUACAACCCUGUCUACGCGCCGCGGGAAACGCAUCGACGGCCAUCACGUCGGGCUCCACAGCUGGUGCCAGUGGCCGAACACCAACUGGGGAACAGGUGCCGCCCGGGGUCGAUUCAAAGGGCGCCAAGAUGAGCCGGAAAUCAGCUCAGGCCACUGUGGCCAGCCAAGUGGGGAUGCAAAACGCAGGCGCCGAGCGCCGAGGCACCACCGACGCGCCUCGAAUCUCCUCAAAGAACCCGGCUCGCCGACCUCCCGAGGAUUCGCCAGACCCUUUCCAUGCAGAGAUCGUCAAAGAAGAGAAAAAAGCCGGCGACGGUGACAGCUGCUCAAAGGAAACGACGGUCCCCGCAACGAAGUCGAAGGAUCAGUCGGGAAGUGGGGAGACUAGCCGGACGGAGAAAUCGGUUUCCAUGGCGACAGACGACGAACUUGCAGGCGCCACUACGGCUGAAGUUGCCGUGGGUCCCAGUGGCGGUUCUACCCCCGAAUUCGGAUUCAUUAACAACGUCUACUGCGGAGGGAGCCCUUCGUCGUCCAACACGCCCCUGCCUGUUCAAGGCGCCUUCUGCAGUCAGGAAUUGAUGCCAGGCUCUUUGGACAUGGGGGUAAUCGGCCAUUCUGCAUGCGAUGUCUCGGGGCACUUUACCCCUGAGGAAUUCAACAAGCUUGUGGGAGGAUCUUCAAUGUGUGCGGCACUCACCCACGAAAACGCAUCUGCCCUUGCGCAUGGGCUCGAAAGAAAUCCGCAAGCUCUUCUGGCUUCCCCGAACGACCUGGCGGUGGCGGUAGGUCAAGUUGCACCGCUGUCUCAGGCUCCGGCGCAACAACAGAAGGACUUUUUGCCGCUCUUGCGUGACGGACUUGAGGCACCGACAUACCCGCAACCACACAGGGUCGGACAAGGCGUCGUGGCGGGCACCGGUGGAAGUGCACCUUUCGGAGUGCCCCUGCAAGAACGGGGGAGCGAGCAAACGAGUCUAGGGUCUCUGAGCCAGGCGGCACCGUUGGCCGCGGUUGGACAGCAGUUGCAAGUGUACCCAGCCGCGCCGGGAGACAGGUCCGACCCGAUGGCUGCCCCGCAAGGGCCUGUUGGCCCGCUGCCCUCUUCGGUGGCCAUGAUGCAGCGCCUCGCUGGGCCGACUGUGGGUUGGGGACCUUCCCAGGCCGCUCCCUUUCCCGCCAACCAAAACUGCUUUGGCUCAGCGGGCAUGCUGCUUCGCCAGCCACCGCAGAACUUCUUUGGGAACUCUGAACUUUCUCGCUUCUACGAUGUCUCAGACAUCGUGAAGAAACAGAAAGAGUUCCGCGAAAUUCGAAGCGUCCUUUGCGCGGCUCAGGAGGACAUCGUGGAAGUGGAAAAAGAGAAGGAGGAGCUGCGGCGGGAACUUCGGGAGACCAAGAGCGCGUUGAAAGAAGCCCUUGGAAAACUUGAGGAGUCGAAGGAGUCGAACGGCACCAUGGAACGGAUGGUCGCCUCUCAGAAGAAGCGAAUUCAAACGCUGCAAGAAGAGCUCGACGAAGAGGCACAGCAGAGCCACAAAGAUUUGACUCAAGUGUUGCAGAAACUUUCUUUUGCGGAGCAGGAGCGAGCAAAACUCGCUCACUCUCUCGCCACGGCACAGGAGGCCCUUCAUACCUUUCAGAAGAACAAAUCCUCUCAGGAGAGACUGGAACGCGAAGCGUCUGCGCUGAGACAACAACUGAAAAGUCAGAAAAGCGAACAGGCGCAUCAGUUAAGACAGGCAGAAGAGGCGAUCGGCGAGUGGCGCGACGCGCAUGCAAAGUUGCAAGAGGCCUUGGUGGAGACAGAAGAGCACCGCAAAUCUGAGGUCAACGAACGCCAGGCUGAGGUUGACCAUCUGAAGAAACAAGUUCGACAACUCGAGGAAGAACUGCAGCAGGUGAAGGACCAGGUGGACAUGACAUCUCAGUCGACGAUCGAAGCCGAGAGGCAGCGCAGAGUCGCGGCGGAAGAGAGAGUCGACGAACUGGAGGCGGCGUUAAACGAACUGGCUGCAGACUUUGCAGCGAGCAAGCGCGCCAGCACGCGCCAGAAGCGUGAUCUCGAUAGCAUGACAGAGGAAAAGCAGCGAGCGCUCCAAGAAAUCGAAGAACUGCGAGAGGAACUGCAAAAAGCGCGAGAUGAGAUUGGACAGGGGGAGAUUUUCGCGAGUAACCUUCAGAGCGAGAUCCACGAGCUGCGGACGACUGUUGCCGGAGCAGAGUCGACGAAGAAUCAGCAACGUGAACUGACAGAAAAUCUUGAACAGAAGCUCGCUGAAGUGACCGGAGAACUCUCAUGCUGUAAAGAAGAGCUGUCGAAAAAAGAAGAAGAGCUUCAAAAGUAUGAAAAGCUGGCAGAGAAGUCCGCGCAUCCUGCUCCUACCCAAGCGUGCUCGGAGUGCAAGAACUUGACAGCUGAGUUGCUCCGUUCAGCCGAGCAAAGAGACACGAUGAAUUCGCAGAUCGAGGCCUUGCAGUCCGACCUCACUGCCCAUCAGAAUGCGGCCAGGGACCAACAAGUCCUCAUCCACGAACUCCAGAUGGAGUUGGGUGUUUACAAACAGCGCCAAGCCGCGGAGCUAAAGGUCGUCACCGAACAGAAAAAUUAUCUGGAAAAGAAGGUCCACGAUCUUAAAGAGGCAAAAGAAGAAAGCGAUGAAAAGCUCUUCUCUCUGCAGGAAAAAUUGACAUCUCUCAGGAAGGAAGAAGAAGAACACAGGAUUCGGGAACGCCUUGUCACUGCACAGGUCGACCAACUCUUCCAGGUCCUUCGCCAUCAUGUAGACCUCAAGGUCUCUGCCAGUGAGGACGCAUUGACAGACUCAUCUGGUUCCGACGGAUCCUCGGAGCAUGCCGUGCUCGCGGAAUCGAAAGCGAUCAGCGUGUGGAGUUUUGAAGCUGUGCACGCAAUCUGCGAAAAAUGGAACAUUGCCUUGCUCGUCGACACUGAGCUACACAAGCUCCGAGACCGGCUCUUCGACUUGACAAGGAAGGAGAACGAGUUGAAACACCAGCUGGUUGAAGCUGCAGACCAUCAGCAGACGGCACUGCAGGCCCGACAGAAACUCGAGGAGCUUGAAGAGAAACUCAGGCGGACGCAGAUGGACGCCGAAAGAAAUGAAAAGAUGAUGCAAGAAGCUCAGCAGGCUGGAAGUUGGUCCACGACGCGUUUCUUGGAGCAGCAGAAGUACUUCGAGAUGGAACUAGGCAUAACCAAAAGACAACUGACCGAGUGUCGAUCCGAAGUGCAUCAGCUGAGAACUCGAAAUAGCGCGCUCCUCUUGGAUUUAACAAAGCAAGAGGAACGCAUUGCAAGCCUCAUCAAGCAAAACGAACGUCUCGCUGCCAGACAAGCUCGCCACCAGUCAACUGACCGUUCUGCGGCAACCAGCACCACAAGUGCCUCUUCUCUGGAUGCUAGCCCUGCGGAUCCGGCAUUCCCCUUUGAAGGAAUCUACGAAGACAUCUCUCCUAGAAAGCACGAAUUCGCGUCCCCCAGAAGAGAAUCAAAAUCUCGAACUAUGCGUGUUGACAUGCUCGCUGCCUGA